AUGUAUGAUGUAAAAAAGACGUUGAGUUGCUUGGCGUUGACUUAUGAAAAGAUUCAUGCAUGUUGCAAUGAUUGCAUUCUUUAUAGGAAGAAAUAUAAAAACUGCACAAGCUGCCCUAAAUGUGGCUUGUCACGGUGGAAGCUAACCAAAAACAAGGUUGAGAAGAAAGGUGUUCCCGCUAAGGUGGUUUGGUAUUUCCCUCCCAUACCAAGAUUUAAGCGCAUAUUUAAAUCUUUAGAGACCUCAAGAAAUUUUGCAUGGCAUGCAGAUUCUACAAGAGUUGUUGGUCAAUUACGUCAUCCAGUUGAUUCACCAUCGUGGAAGUUAGUGGAUCAUAUGUGGCCCAGCUUUGAAAGUGAGCCAAGAAAUCUUCGCCUAGCGCUUGCAACUGAUGGCAUUAAUCCUCAUAGCAACCUUAGUAGUCGGUAUAGCUGUUGGCCAAUCAUGUUGGUCAACUAUAAUUUACCUCCAAAUAUGUGCAUGAAGAGGAAAUACAUCAUGCUAACUAUGCUCAUUUCAGGGCCUAAACAACCUGGAAACGAUAUUGAUGUCUAUCUGGAGGUGUUAGUUGAAUAUUUGCAACGAUUAUGGGAAGGAGUUGAUGGAGUCUAUGAUGCUUAUCGAAGGCAGUUCUUCACUCUUCAAGCAGUCUUAUUAUGGACCAUUAAUGAUUUUCCUGCCUAUGGUAACCUUAGUGGAUGUACUACACAUGGUUAUUAUGCAUGUCUAGUAUGUGGAGAAGAUACCUAUGCAAGGCACUUGGAAAAUGGGAAGAAAAUGUCAUUUGCGGGCCAUAAACGAUUCCUAUCACGGUUUCAUCCCUAUCGUAGGCAAAUGAAGGAGUUUAAUGGCAUGGAGGAACUUGGAGAAGCAGCUAGACCAUUAUCUGGGAUUAAGUUGUUUGACAAACUUUCUGACAUAAGACAUUAUCUUGAUGUUAUGCACAUCGAGAAAAAUGUAUUUGAAUCCCUCAUUAAUACUUUGAUGAAUGUUAAAGGAAAAACCAAGGAUAAUGUGGCAGCUAGGUUGGAUAUGGUUGAGAUGGGAAUUAGGCCUGAAUUAACACCUAUAGUUGGGGAGAAGAGAACAUAUCUUCCAUGCAUAAAGGUGCUUAAGAGUUAUGUAGGCAGUCGAAAACAUCCUGAAGGUUGCAUUGUUCAAAGAUAUUUAGCAGAAAAAGCAAUUGAGUUUUGUUCAGAAUACCUCAAUGACGUUGAUCCUGUUGGAGUUCCUAAAUCAAUUCGAGAUCCGAAAGCAAAUGGUUUUGGCUUGCAAGCAUGCAAUACACCAACUAUAGUGCAACAAGUUGAUCUGCAACAAGCACAUUUGACUGUGCUAGAAAAUAUGGAAGAAGUAUCUCUCUAUAUAAUACAAUACUCGAUGGGCCGUAAAAAACAAGUAGUAGCAGUUGAGGAGAUACAUGGAGUAGUCGAUGUUGAGCUACAUGGUGUAGCCGAUGCAGAGCUACAUGAAUUUACUGAUAGAGAAGAACGUUCUGUCGAUGUGCAGAAGAACAAACGAGGUCCUACAUCAAUGUGUAAACUCACUGUAGCUGCAUGA